UAUUAGGGUAGGCAUUUCCGAUGAAGUCAUUCUACCUCCUGAAAAACAAAAGGACAUUUUAUAAAGAAGAAAGUCAAAACGACCUCUAGCUUGGCUUUAAGAUAUGCAAAUGCAAUGUUUUUCUCCUCUCAGAAGUCUCUGGGAAUACAGCAAAGUGUGGAAUGUGGAAAUAAAAUUGAAUCAUGCAGCUGGAUGUGGUGACGCACACACACCUAUAAUCCUAGCACUUGGAAGACUGAGGCAGGAUUGCUGAGCGUUUGAAGCCAGCCUGGGUGACAUUGUGAGCUCAAGGUCAGCCUAAACUACAUAGUGAGACCCUGUCUAAAAAGGGGAGAGGGUCAUAAAAUAGCCAGUCUUUCUUGGAGGCAAGCUAAAUACACUAUCUUCACCACAAGCAAGCCUUCAUCACCCAGAUUAAACAUACCCGGAUGGAAAUAUGAGACUGCAAUACCACUGAUCCUUCCCAAUAACAUAAAGAAACAUCAGGUUUACCAAAGCCUGGCACUGACAUCAGUUUCUUUGUUCACAGCAGUUUCCUUUAGACAGAGCUGUGAAAAUGUUGUGGAUCUGUAAUAUGCCAAUUGCCCCCACAGAGCUUCUAAAAGGGAUGACUGGAAGAAAGAAUCCUACUCUUAUAGCCUCAAUAUCCAGUCUUCCCAGGACUCUGCCUUGGGGCAACUGCAGCUCCAAUUUUCAUUACCGAACACAAGACUAUGCUUAGAACUUUUCAUUCUAGGUCUCAAUUAUCCAACUUCUCCUUCCAAAGCCAUUUGACUAAAUGCCGUACAGUGUGGCUAUAAGGAGAAGUGACAGAGGCAAUCAAAGAAAUCUCAGCGCAACAAAUUCCGAGAAACCACGGAAUUUACAAUUGGCCAGGGGAUACGCUAUACUGUAGGUCUACUGUGUUCUAAGCAUUACGUUGGUCAAAAGAUAAAGUGCACUGAUGAAAGCAAGAGAGGCCAUGUGUUAGAACGAAGCUUCAGUCUUCCUCAAUCAUAUGGGAAUCCUGUCCACGUAAUCUUCAGAUCUAGCACUGCCAAAAUGAAAUUCUACCCUCAAAAAAAAAACAAAAAAAAAACUAUACUAAAUCGGACGUGGCGGCACACACCUGUAGACCCAGCACUGAGGAAGGCUGUGGCAAUAAGAGCACAAGGAGUCCCACCUGAGCAAAUUAGCAAGCCCAUCUCAAUAUAAAAAUUAAAAAGGCUAGGGAUGUAGCUCAGGGGUAGAGCGCCCCUGGGUGGUUCGAUCUCUAGUACUGGGGAAAAACAAAAACAACCUACACUGGACCAAUUAUCAUCACAGUGUCUUAGCAUCAUGUCGUCAUAUCUCACUGCUAACCACUGUUCCGCAAUCAGCCUCUCAGUCGCGCACAAGUUGACAGUCACACCCAACACUGACGCAGUCACACAAUCCCAGUGCCCUCCUCCUCAAUAGCCUGAGGCUUCUGCCGCCACAAGCCUCUUCCACGCCGCCCGGGAAUUCUUCUCAUACCCGCAGCCGGGACACCUCCACUGACCAUUCAGAAAAAGCUGACCUAAAGCCAGAAAAAACAGAGCCAAGUCUAAGUUCACUGGCAGGCCUGAGGGUCCGGGAGAAACGUACUCGAAGCAGGAACCACACGGACGUUGGUAUAACUGAGAAAAGACAGCAGCGAGGAUCGUGCAGCUCCUAACCGGCCGCCGCGGAGACUCCUGGGAGCUGGAGCCCACCGCUAGAGUGCGCAGGCGCAGAUGACUGAGCCCAGGCGGGGUUAGAGGGUGGAGGUUAGUAGGCUCUGAGAAGCCUGAAGAGUCAGCUGGGAGCUGCGGCCGGAGCGAGCAGACUGCGCGAGCAGAACCGGGUGGGGAGGCCCGGGAGAAAUCCGGGAAUCAGAACGGGGACUGAUAAUUCUGGGGAGGGACGUAGGACUGCGGUAUACAGACGAUCAGAUGUGUUACAAGCUGGGCCUCAGGUGUGGUUCGGGUGGUGACCCUGAGGAUGCUCACCUGUGACCUGGAGCGAACCCUGUGAAAGGAGAUUUUGCCUGUUUGACCGCGAGAACCGCUGUCUCGGGGGUAGGAAGAGAGAAGAGGGCGGAUCCCCUACAUACAGCGACCACUGCAUAGAGAGACAGACAGACAGACGGAUAUUCUGUGCCAACCCACUGUGUUUUGGGACUCUUCCGUUUUCCAAAAGGAGAGAUCAAAAGAGAAGGUCCAUUUCUUACAAAACUCGAAGCCAUGUCUAAGCUUCUUUUUGUUUAUACAACCAGAUUCACUGUAUAAGAGUCACUGUGAAGGCUACAUGUACUCUGAUUGUAGUGACUCUCAGAUACCUCUAUCCAUUCUUGACAGGGUGUCAGAACUAUAUAUUCAACGUCCAAUAGUUAGCACCACCUAUAUGUUCUGUAGACACUUCAAGUAUAUUCCAAGGUUUACCUCAUUACCUCUUUUGGUCCAGCGUAUUCUUUCUUCUAUUUGUCAUCUUCAUUUUCUAGUCCCAGAACCCAUACACUUGGCUAUGCAGAUAAAAGCAAGAGCUGUGCCUCUCUUUUUUCACUCUACACCAAUUUCUGACCAAUUUUUGUCACACGUCAUCACACAAAAACCAGUUAUUCUCUGUCAGCCUGUUAAUACUCAAAAUCACUAAUAUUCAUAAUACUCUUAACUGUCUUUUUCACCCAGCACACCUUAAGCUUUCUUCAGUCUAUAAGAGUAUUGCCUCUAAUGUACAAAUGUUAUCACAUAACAUGUGUUUGACUUACAUUUCUUUAUAUUCUUCAUACUCCUUAAGCAGCAGACCCAAAGAGGGGCAUGUAUCACAGUGAACUGUACAAGACAAUAUAUUGGCAGAGAAAAAAAUACUAACCAUUUCUGUUCAAGAGUAAUAAUCAUGGAAUCCAGGCAUGGUGGCCCAUGUCUGUAAUCCUAGCACUCUGGAAGGCUGAGGCAGAAGGAUAGCAAGUUCCAGCCCAGCUUGGGCAACUUAGUGCUUUAGUGAGACCCUGUCUCAAAAUAAAAAAUAAAUGGCUCAAUGAAAAGGCCAUCAAUUCAAUUCUCAAUUCCAGUAAUCUUAAUAAUAAUAAUAAUAAUAAUAAUACCAUAGUAAUCAUUAACAAUGUAAGUUACCAUUAACACCCAAUGAUGAUUUGUGAAUAUGUUGGAAAUGUGCUAAGUACGUUUUUAAAAUAGUGCUUUGAGGGAAAACAAUCCAGUAUUAUUCUAUCAUAUCCCACUGCCUACCUUCCCCUAUACCUUUUCCUUUUUAGAGCUCAAAUCCAUUCCUAACAUACUGUGCCUUUUGCUGUUUCCUGAAUUUGCUAGCUGGUUUUCUUCUCCCCAUGAAUUUUUAAAAGCUAAUGCCCUGUAUUCCUUCAAAACAAAUUUAUUGGAUCAGUGUCAUUGAAGGAUGUGACUGUGGACUUCACUGAGGAAGAGUGGCAGCAACUGGACACAGCUCAGAAGGCCCUCUACAUGGAUGUGAUGUUGGAAAACUAUUGCCACUUCAUCUCUAUGGGGUUUCACAUAACUAACCCUGAAACAAUCCACGAGUUGGAACAAGGAGAAGAGCUAUGGACAGAGAGAAUUUUUCCAAGUCAGAGCUACCUGAAAGAUGAGAAGCCUGAAGCUGUUUUAAUGAAGUUCAGAGAAUACCAAGACAUACAUUCUAGAUCAGUUAUAUUCAUCAAUCACAAAAAAACAGUUAAGGAGAGAAGUAAUAUUUAUGGGAAAACACUUACUCUAGGAAAGAACCAUAUUAUUUCAAAAACAUUAUAUGAACAUAAAUCUGAUGGAAAAGUUUUGAAAAAUAUUUCAGAAUUAGUUAUUAGAAAUAUAAACCCUGUAAAAGAAAAGGUUGGUGAGAGUAAUGGAUGGCAGAAAUCAAUCCUCAAUACUAAGCAUGAAAAAAUCCAUCCUGCAGUAAAUCUCCAUAAACAAACAGAAAGAAAUCUCACUGGUAAACAAGAGCUUACUCAACAGCAGAAAGUUCAAACUCCAGAGCAACCAUUUGAAUGUAAUGAAUGUGACAAAUCCUUCCUUAUGAAAGGAAUGUUAUUUUCACAUAAUGGAGCUCACAAAAGAGAAAGAACAUUUGAAUAUAAUAAAAAUGGAAUUGGUUUCAUGGAAAAGUGUGAGCUGGGUGUCCAUCCCCAUAAUCUUAUAGAAAAGAAGCCCUCUGAAUACAGCAAAUAUGGGAAAUUCCUGUGCAGAAAGCCUGUUUUUAUUAUGCAUCAAAGAUCUCAAACAGAAGAGAAACCCUUUCAGUGUCCUUACUGUGGAAAUAGCUUCAGAAGAAAAUCAUACCUCAUUGAACAUCAGCGAAUUCACACAGGCGAGAAACCCUAUGUUUGCAAUCAAUGUGGAAAAGCCUUCCGUCAGAAGACAGCCCUCACUCUUCAUGAGAAAACACAUAUAGAGGGGAAACCCUACCUUUGUCUUGAUUGUGGGAAGUCCUUCCGCCAGAAGGCAACCCUCACUAGACAUCACAAGACACAUACAGGGGAGAAAGCCUAUGAAUGUACUCAGUGUGGAAGUGCCUUUAGAAAGAAGUCAUACCUCAUUGAUCAUCAAAGAACUCACACGGGCGAGAAACCAUAUCAAUGUAAUGAGUGUGGGAAGGCAUUUAUCCAGAAGACAACCCUCACAGUACAUCAGAGAACUCACACAGGAGAGAAACCCUAUAUUUGUAAUGUAUGUGGGAAAUCCUUCUGCCAAAAGACAACCCUCACACUUCAUCAGAGAAUUCACACAGGGGAAAAACCCUAUAUUUGUAAUGAAUGUGGGAAAUCCUUCCGCCAGAAGGCAAUCCUUACUGUUCACCACAGAAUACAUACAGGAGAAAAAUCCAAUGGAUGUCCUCAGUGUGGGAAAGCCUUUAGUAGGAAAUCUAACCUCAUCCGUCAUCAGAAAACUCACACAGGAGAGAAACCAUAUGAAUGUAAAGAAUGUGGGAAGUUCUUCAGUUGUAAGUCAAACCUCAUUGUCCACCAGAAAACUCACAAGGUAGAAAGCAUGAGAAUUCUGUAAGUGAUGUAACAUUUUUGUAAAACUUUUUAAGUCAUAGUAAACCCUGUACCUGGUGUUGCUUGCAAGUAUAAUAAUAUUGAAUGAUUUAAGAUACUAUACUACAUAUUUACUGUUUGCUGCCCACACACACACCAUUUCUGGGUAAAUUAAAUGAGAAUCUUUGAGGGAAAAAAAUCCUAACGUUUUUGUUAUUAGAUUCAGGAUACUCAAAUUUCCUCUGUCAAAUUGCUUUAAAAAUGCUUUCAACGUUGUUUAUUUCUAAUUCAAUAUUUGUCUUUUUGUGGACCUGUAAUAAGCAGUUGGCUAACCAGCAGUGGUCCAAGGCUAUACUGUGAAUAGAAGUGCUUUAAAAGAAAGGAGGUGAACUUGUAUUUCUCAUGGCAAAUAUGGAAUCAGUUGUUACCUCUUUAAAGUUACUCAUAGUUUUAAUUUCCAACAUUAUAAAUUAGUUUUGCACAUUAAAAACCUUUAUAAAUUGGAUUAUAUAUCAUAUAGUCUUUAAUAUGCAGCUUGUGUCGGGGCCAGGGAUUUAGCUCUGGUUUUGCAGCCUGCUGUGCAAGCGCAAGGACCCGAGUUCAAUCCCUGGUACCAAAAAAAACCAGGCAAUCAAUAUCCAGCUUGUGUCAUUCAUUAUGUCUCUAAGUCUCAUAAUCAACGCAUGUGGCAGAAGCUUAUUUUCAUUCUGUAUAGAAUUCUAUUAGUGUAUCACAAUUUAUCCAUUCUACUAUUGAUGGACUUUUACAUUGUUAACAGCUUAGGGUCAUAAUAAAUAAUGCUUCUGAGAACA